GGAUUUACCAUGCAGUUUGCAAAAAAGUUGCAGAUUAAUAUAUUGGUGAAACCGAACACGAAAAUCACAGCACUAAAACAAAUCAAACAUCACUUUAUCUUUCCUGUUUUGUGGCUGAAUGAGACGGCUACUAUCACUGAUGAGAAAGCAGAAGUUUUCCGAUCCAAAGUGACCAACAAGAUCAAACUUCUGCACUUCCUUCAGCUGGCGCUAAUGGUCAUCGGAUCUGUGAUCUUUCUGGGAUUCCUAAUUGCUUUUUUCCUAUGCAAAGGGAAGAGCCCUAAAUAAGUGAGAUUCGAAACUGAGAUCUGCAAUUAGUGCAUUCAUUAAUUAAUUUGGAAGGGGUCUUGGUGCCACUAGAUUCUGGAUACCAUAGGACUUACUUACUUACUUACUUACUUACUUACUUACUUACUUCCUCCCUCCCUCCCUUCCUUCCUU